UGCACUGCGGCUGCAGCGUCUAGACUGUGCUCAUAGCUUGCACCGCAAAAAAGCUGCUACACGAUGAGCUGCAUGCUUCGAGCUCGUAUCGCUGCACCCUCUUAGCAUGCAUGCACUUUUGGUCACUCAUUGGCUCCGCCACCCACGAUGGCAAGACCUCAUAUUGUGGCGACGCUCUCAUUGGAUCACGACCUGUAUCAGGACGAGGUAUAUAAGCUGAUCUACUAUAGCGGGAUCGCGCGCCCUUCCCUCUCUUUCCCUGCGAUCCACGACUAUAUUUUGCCUGCUAUGGCCGACUUCGAGCGCCGGGCGGGCACCGCUGAUCCAUGGUUUCCCGACAGGCGCCUCAUCCUAGCAGCUGGGUCCGAACUCUUCCGUGUGCACUUGAGCGUCCUCCUCCCUCGUAUCGCCAUCCCCAAACUCUUGCGCUCGGCGCAACGUGACGCAGUACUCGAGGCAGCGUACGAAGGCAACGUAGCGCUUCGCCUCAACGACGAUCCACAGGACUUGCGGCACUAUCUCCUCGCUGUGUAUAACGAAGGAUACGUCCCAUUUUCACCACCGCGACGUCAACUGUGGUUCGAAAAGGUCGCAGGCGUCCUCCGGAUAGCACACAAGUACAGGGACCAAGAGCUCCGUCAGCGCGCUCUGCUCAUCUUCUGCGAAGCGCUAGCUUUCGCUGUGACACCUGAUGGCGUGGGUUUCAGCGUCUGCGCCGAAAACUCAGACCUGAUAGAAGACCGUGACCUCGAAGCCGCUUGCGUGCUGGCGCAUGAGGUCGGCGCCUUCUGGCUGCUUCCCCCCAUCUACCUGCGUAUCCUCGGAAACAGUGCGCGAUUUGAGCAAGUCGAACAUCACGGGCGCGCGCGCAAGCUUCAACCCCGGUUCGCGGCGGACUUGAAGGAGGCCAGAGAUCGCAUGAUCGCGAGCCUUAUGUUUAAGCUCACCUGGUGCCUACCUCGACAGUGUAUUGAAUGUUAUGACUGGUGCACGAGAGGCGUUCGCUUUUACUUCGCCGAAUAUCAGCUAAACGGACUCUUCAAUGCGGCUAUUGCGAUCUCGAGGCAGGACAACGACGUGCGCAGGUUGUUCGAGAGGUACUUUGCUGUGUGCGACAGGUGCACGACUCACAUAAUGGAUAUAUUUAAUUCGUGGGCAGAAGAGCAGUGGAGGGAGCUCCCUUCAAUGUUCGGGCUCCCAACGGACCAAGUUUCUGGCACUGCGGAAGUGUGACCUUCAAGACCUGCGGCAGCAAAUCUGGCAAUAGCAAGCGAGGCUGCUCAUGCAACGAGAAAAUCAGGAACUUUCUGCCAGCACUUCAGCGCGAUGCAUCUGCUUGUGCUUCAGCACGAUGCAUCUUCCCGUGCUCCCGCGUGAUGCGUAGUAGACAGCUUAGUAUGGUAGGUUAUACAGGACUUCGACGAAAAUAUAUAUUACGUUGCGUACCCAGAGCUCGCAGCGCCCUCCUUCAACUUUCCCGUCGCCGUCGCAAGCGCGGAGGCGAACCCGUCCACCAAGGUGUCGAUGUCCGUCGUGACGCUGACCAUGUCGAAGCCCUGCGCGAAGCGCUUCUCGGCCUGCUCGCCGGUGAGGCCUGAG